AUGAUUAGCUUUAAAAAAGGCUAUAAGAAAAAUCGCCCUCGUCAAAGCGAAUCACGACGUCUUCAGAUCCUCCAGUGGAAUGCUGGAGGAAUGUCUCCGAACAAAAAGAUCCAAGUACAGAAAAUCCUACAAAUCUAUGAUGUAGACAAUUUCACAAUUAUGGAAGCUAACAUUUCGGAUGACAAACUGAAGUACUACCAAUUCCCAGGUUACACCCUGUACAAUCUACCCAAAUACCGGCAAGUUGCAAGUGGAAUUCUAACUGGAGUUAAAGAAGGCCUCACCUCACACUACGAUCUAAUCAAGAGUAUGGGCUCGACACAAGACAAAUGUGAAAUAAUCAUUUAA